CCGGCCGGCAUUUUCCGAGGGCAUUUUUUAAAAUUGGCAACGUUGAGUUUUAGCGUCAAAAUCAUGGUCAAAAUGGAAGGGGGAAAAUAUUAGACGAGUAAAAGGUUGUCUCUCAAAAUAAAAUAAAAAAAUGACUGGAAGUACCAGUAGUAACAGCAGUAAUAAUGAUAUUUAUGCAGACAAGAUCGUUCAAGUGACAAAUGUCGCACCACAAGCCAACAAAGAGCAGAUGCAAACAUUGUUUGGUAUAAUUGGAAAAAUUGAAGAUCUCAGACUCUACCCAGCAUUGCGAGACCUUAAUGCUCCAGUCCAGCUUCGGAUAUGCUUUGUGAAGUAUGCAGAUCCUAAUGAUGUUCCAGUCGCACUACACUUGAGCAAUACUGUUUUCAUUGACAGAGCUGUAAGUGUAACACUUUAUCAUGGAAAUGAACUGCCUGAUGAAACAAAAGGUAUAGAAAUUUUGAAUUCCUCUAGUGGUUUUGGGUCAAGUGAUCCAAAGCUUCCUGCCACUCUCACUAAUCAGAUUGAAGGCAACCCUCCUCAUCAGGUUAUUCGCACUUUGGAUCCAAGGCUAUCCAUUCACAAUUUACCAAACUAUCCCUUGUUACCUGCCUCCACAGACAGCCGACGAUUGGAGGAGAUACGACGGACUGUGGUCGCUAUCAAUCUAGACCCUUCGCGAACAGCCAAGCAAGUGAUCGACUUCUUUUCGUCAGCCGGUGAAGUUAAAUAUUUCCGAUUCUGCACUAAACACGGAGAUGAAAACAAGUACGCAAUGAUAGAAUUUGUUGAACAAGAAUCUGUCGUUCCUGCCUUGAAACUUAACAACAAACAGUUUGGGGAAUGCAUUAUCAAAGUUCAUCAUUCCACUCAGUCGAUUAUUAAACCAGUGCAGCAAACGAAAUCCAAUGAAGCGGCUCAAAAAGAAAUCGAAGAAGCUGUCAAUCGUGUUAAAGAAGCACAACAGCUGAUACCGGUUGCUUUACCCCAAGAAGACGUGCCAGUAGAAAAAGAGAAAGAAAAGGAAAAAGCCAUUGUCGAAAUCGAAAAAGAGAAGCCGAAAGUUGUGGAAAAGGAGAAAGAAAAGGACAAGAUUAAAGAGAAAGAAAAAGAGAAGAGUUCAAAACGAAGUCGCACUCGCAGCAAGAGCCGUUCACGAUCAAGACAUCGGUCUUCCUCCCGUGCACGACGUCGUCGUUCGCGUUCAAAGUCAAGGGAGCGCCGAAAGCGAUCUCGUUCGCGUUCCCGUAGGCGGACACGCUCUCGAUCACGAUCAAAGUCGAGAGAAAGGCGGAAGAGAUCCAGGAGCCGAGAGAAGAAAAGGUCUCGUAGUCGCGACCGCCGUCGUCGCAGUCGUUCACGGUCUCGAUCCCGUAAAGAGAAAAGUCCCCGUCCGACCAGAGAGCGCCGUGAUCGCUCACCCAAGGAAAGGACAAAAGACAAGGAUAGAGAUAAGUCACAUAAGGAUAAAGACAAGGAUAAGGACAGAGACAAAGAGAAAACACGGGAUAAGGACAAGAGUCGCGACAAGGACAAAAAGGAUCGCGAGAAGAAGGAAAAGAAAAAAGACAAGAAGGAACGGGAACGAGAGAAGGAGCGGGAAAGAGAAAAGAAACCAAAAAGUCCAGCAAGCAAAGACGAUUCGUCCGCUGACGAAAAGGAAAUUAGCGAACGUAACAGUGCUCGAAGAUCUACUCCUCCGUCGCCGCCUCCACCCUCGAAAAGCAAGAGUCGACGUCGCUCAAAGUCGAGAGAGGGUAGCAGAGGCCGUUCCCGCUAGACAGAGCGUUAUUCUUGUCCUAUCUUUUUUUUAUAACAAACUAAAUAACUUCUUUGUCUAGAAUCCAUUUGGAAUUUCAUCAAUAAACUAAAUAAACUCA